AUGAGUGAAACCGAAAUUAGCAAGCGCCUGCAGUCCUCCUUGAACAGUGAGAAAGGGGGAUUCAAUGAGAUCAUCGCUUUAUCCCAGAAGGCCAUUAACAAUGCUAUGUCUGAUCUGUUGAAGAAGCAUCCAGAGCUAACUGAAGUCAAAGCUACUUUUGAAGGAAUCGGCACUCUGGACGCAACACUGAAGAGUAGUCAACUUUCCCUCAAUGUUACCGGGCAGGACAACCUAGCCUCCAUGUACUAUUGUACCCUUGAGUCCGGAACGGUCCAUUAUGUCAUUGGUGACAAAGACUUUCAAGUGAACGGCUGGACCAUCGCUUGGACUUGCACCUUCGACAAGGAAGAAAUUGAUGCAAGCUCCGACGAGUUCAAGAAAGUUCAAAACCAGAUUAAACAGCCUGGGGACUUCUCGAUCAGCUCUCUAUUCUUCGCUUUUACCAGUAACCGGGGACACAGCGACUUCAACGGAGCCGACCUGUCAGAUGACCAAAAAACGUACCUGAGUUUGAUCCUGAGCCAUUGGUACGUAGGCGAGAACAGCAAGUGGCAGGACCGCCAGAAACGCACCCUGGCCUAUGCAUUGCAUACGGCCAAGCCCGAAACCACAAAGCCGGGAGAGGGCCUUGGGCCGGACGGCGAAAACAACAUGCUCCUCUAUCUCCAAAUGACUGAGAACCGGGCGUUUCCAGACAUCCGGCUUCUGGAGUAUUCUGGCAACUAUGUUUCCCCAGGCAUCAACGGCACGAUUAUCAUUGAUCGCAACAUAAUCUGGGAUAGCUACCUUUUUCGACAAUCUCCCUCCCAACUGCUGUCUCUAUUCAAUGCUUAUACGUACGCGUGGAUUGAUAGCGCGGAUAUUCCUGACAUACUGGCGGAGCAGUGGAGAAUUGCACCAGGGGACCCCAGCCAUUCCAGCGGCGCCAGUUUUUAUGCGUGGAAAGAGAGCACGCCCAAUGCUUUGACUUGGACAUGGGCUCCAUCGAACGACGAGCAGAAGUAUCACAACACGCUCAAGACAGAUGGAGGCUGGAAUAGACUUGACAUUGAUUGCACCACAAAUAACACGUUGAGCAUUGUGCCCGGAGCUAGCAACAUCAAUGCGAGUGGCAUUACAGACAUCAGAAUCAAAUGCCAAUCCGUUGGCACCACGUGGCCCAUGAAUUGGGAAUACGAUUACACCAUUCAUGUCCAAAUCACCUGGCAAAGUAAUAUCACCAUCGCGGCCACCGACGGCGGCCUGAAGUUUUCUCUCAACUUGCCUGCUGAUCUGACCACCGUUUUCCAAGUGGCGGCAGAUCCACUACAGUUCAGUAGUAGUACUGCAGGCUUCAAUACGCUGGAGAGUGUCAAACAAAAAAACCAGGGCUUGCAGGACCAGCUUGUCCAGCGAUUUAAGAGCGCCUCGUUCGGCGACGUUGAGAAAAAUCUGGAGAAGGACCUCAACACCUCUGCUCGGUUCGUAAUUCCUGGCAACUCCUCAUUGUUGUAUGAGAAGCCAAUUUUCAACAACAACGGAGACUUGAUGAUUGAGGCAAAUUACAUAGUAUAG